AUAGAGAAAAAAAGAAUUACCAUAGAAACACUUUUAUUUAGAAUAACAGAAUACAAUAAUGGCAGAUGAUAGAAAAGCCAAAAAAACCUCCAUACUAGAUCUUACAAGAUUUAUGGACAAGGCUAUCAGAGUAAAGUUCAGUGGAGGAAGAGAAGUUGCAGGCGUACUAAAAGGUUUUGAUCACCUUCUUAAUAUUGUUUUGGAUAACUGUACAGAAUUUAUCCGUGAUCCUGAUGAUCCAUAUAAGUUGUCUGAAGACACCAGAUCUUUGGGUAUUGUUGUUUGUCGUGGUACAGCUAUCGUUUUGAUAUGUCCAGUUGAGGGAAUGGAAGCAAUUGCAAAUCCUUUCUUACAACAAGAAGCUUAAGUUUUUAAAGUUGUUUAGAACUUUGAGUGUUGAGUUUCUUCAUCUAUGCAAAGUUGUGUGAACUAAUAAACAUUAGAAAUUGAUUGUAAAAGCAAUAUUAAUGCAUGUAUCUAAAGUGUGUGUUGUACAGAAAUAUAUAUUAUUCUCUU